AUGGCGGAUCUAGGCCAGCUCUCUCUACCUGAGAUCCAGGACGAUAGCCAUCAGUUAGGCAACAACGAGCCAAAUGUGCGGCCGCUCCUACAAGAUCCAGCCAAGCAAAUAAGACUAUUCACCCUCUGGCCCGGAAGCCAAGGAAGUGCGAUUCAAGGCGCGUUCAGUGUGGCUACCCUCGAUGACGAACCCGCCUACCAAUGUAUAUCGUAUGUUUGGGGCGACGCCUCUAACACCAAAUACAUUAUGGUGGAUGGGAAAGAGCUCAAAAUUACCACGUCUUUGUUCUUGGCUCUGCGACGAGUCAGAUCUGAGCAGGAACGCACCACUCUUUGGGCCGAUGCGCUGUGCAUCAAUCAGGAUGAUCACGAGGAGAAGCGGGUACAGGUCGACAUGAUGUUCGAAAUUUACAGCAAGUGCAGCAAUUGCUUGAUGUGGUUGGGUGAGGUUGACCUCCUCGAAGGGAAGCUCAGCUUGGACGUUGCUCGCUAUGGUCUGGAAUUCAUCGAAUUCCUAUACUAUGCCAAAGCAGAAGAUGCUAGCUUUUCGACCGCUGAAGGUUCUGAGAAACUCAAUCUCACGAUUCGAAGCCUGGUAAAAUGCCAGUGGUGGCGGCGAAUAUGGAUAGUUCAAGAGUGUGUUGCUCCUCCCACGGCGACGUUUCUUUGGGGGCCCUUCACGAUCUCGCGAUCGCCAUUGACGAACUUCGCUUUGAACCACGCGGAUGUGAUUCUUUCAAGUCUAAAAGGAUGGACACUCGCCGGAGAUGAGUGGCUUAUAUAUGAGGCGAUUACAACGCUAACAAGGCUGACCAUAUCACUCGUGAGCUUGAGGGCUGCUCUUGGGUCAGGGCCGCAAGGAGUUGGUGAAGAUAUCACUAGCUUCCUUUGGAAUACCUGCGACCGCCAAGCUUUGGACCCGCGCGACAAGAUCUUCGCUCUACUGCCUUUCAUUGCAGGGGCAUUGCCGAGCGUGAAGUCAAGCAACUACGAUAUCGACUGCGAUGAGCUAUAUAGUCGAGUGACAGUGGAUCUCAUCCAAUCUUCUCAAUCUUUGCUGCCGCUCUUGGGACGCCGGCCAAGUGCAACGCCCGUGGAGGAACCAACUUGGGUUGUAGAUUGGCGUCGCAAAGGGAAGACAGAGCCCAUCGACCCACAGCCAUAUGUAACAGCUCAUGUAUUACGUGAAUAUUACAACGCUUCGUACGGCAUUCCUCAGCUGGACUCUCGAAAUGUUGUUUCGAGCGACGGGCGCCGCCUAUCGCUUCAUGGAUAUCUUGUUGGCACAAUUGUGGGCACGGGCGUGCCUCUAGCCGACGCUUCCUCGGAUACAGUCUACUCCUCUUCGUUUUCCAUUAGAAACCUGGUGGAAAAGUGGAAGAGGGAUUCUGCAGCAGAUGCUGCCAGUACCUUCCGCGAGCUAGAUAAGACACUGGGCACAGAUGACCAUUCCGCAAGGUUUUUCACGAUGCGUAGUGAUGUAGAGAAAGCCGUGCUUGGUUGGGCGAACAUUCAAGGGUCAGACGACCGUGAGAACUUGUGUAUGGCAGCCUGGCUGACGGCCAGCAAAAUGACCACCUUUCUCACAAGAGGAGGUGGCACUGGCGUCGGAACUUACGGUACGAAACUGGGAGACGAGGUUUGGAUCCUCUGUUCAGGACAUAUGCCGUUUAUUUUACGGCCAGUCAGAAACAACGAAGACCAACAUUAUAACAAUAGCGACGUUGACGGUUCAGCCGCCUUCAUUUUCCGCAGGAAGCAUAUUAGGUACCAUGUAGUGAGUGAGUGCUACAUGCACGGAGCAAUGCGCGGCGAGAUGUCAGAGGCUGGGAAAACUGUUCUACAAACUAUCACGUUAUAUUAG